UGCUGGAGAAAGAUGCUGCUGCUGCUGCUGCUGCUGCUGACCUUACUGAACAGUGCCAGCCCGAGUGUAGCACUGGGAGAACUGGAGGGCUCCCAGUUUGAAGAUGAUAUUGAUUCCGACUUGGCAGAAUUUGAUUUGGACAUUGCACCACGCAGGGUCCCCCGACAGGUGAAAACUCUGUUAACCAAGGAGACCAAGCCGCACAUCCAGGAACUCUCCAUCAAGACCACCAUCAUCUCCCGCUAUGCCUUCACCGCGGUGUACUGCGCCAUGCUCAACCGGCACUCCGCCGCCACCGAGGGCGUCUUCCAGUUCCAGAUCCCCGCGGACGCUUACGUCUCCAACUUCACCAUGAUCAUCGGAGGGCGUGUCUACCAGAGCGAGGUCAGGCCGAAGGAGAAGAGGGUCAAACAGGAGAACGGCAAACCCAAAAACAAAGAUCCUGAGCCGCAGGUGGAGGUGUUCAGGACGGCGGUUAAUAUACCGGGUAGGAACCGGGCGGUCUUCCUGCUCACCUACGAGGAGCUCCUGCAGCGGCGUCUGGGGCGCUACGAGCACGUCACCAGCCUGCGGCCGCUGCAGCUGGUCAGCCGCCUCAGCCUGGACGUCACCAUCGUCGACCACUCCCUGAUCACGGACCUGGAGGUGCUGCCGCUCCGCAACGGCAGGAGCACCGGAGCCACAAAUGUGCCCACGAAGCCCGAGCCUCCCGUCACCACGGUGACCAAAAACGAGAAGAACGUCUGCAAGAUCACCUUCAGCCCCAACAUCGUCCAGCAGGCCAAGAUCACAACCAGCGGCAUCCUGGGAGAUUUCGUGAUCCGCUACGACGUCCAGAGAGACAUGGGGAUAGGAGACAUCCAGGUUUUAAACGGCCAUUUUGUCCACUACUUCGCUCCCAAAGACCUGCCCGUCGUCCCCAAGAACGUGGUGUUUGUGAUCGACACCAGCGCCUCCAUGCUGGGGACUAAGAUCAGACAGACUAAAGACGCUCUGUUCACCAUCCUGAGGGAUCUGCGUCCCGACGAUCACUUCAACUUCAUCAGCUUCUCCAACAAGAUCAAAGUGUGGCAGCCCGACCGCCUGGUUCCCGUCACACCUCUCAACGUCAGAGACGCCAAGAAGUUUAUAUUCACGCUGAUGCCCACGGGAGGCACGAACAUCGACGACGCCAUCCAGACCGGCUCCACUCUUCUUCGACGUUACCUCUCGGGCCCCGACGCCAGCCCGAACAGCGUGUCCCUCAUUAUCUUCUUGACGGACGGGCGACCGACCGUCGGGGAGAUCCAGUCCACGGCGAUCCUGGGGAACACCCGCUCGGCCGUGGAGGAGAAGUUCUGCAUCUUCACCAUCGGGAUCGGAAACGAUGUGGAUUAUCGGCUGCUGGAGCGCAUGGCCCUGGAGAACUGCGGGAUGAUGAGACGCAUCCACGAGGAGGCCGACGCCAGCGCCAUGCUCAAAGGGUUCUAUGACGAGAUAGGAACUCCUCUGCUGUCCGACAUAAGGAUCAACUACACAGAGGACUCCGUCAAGUACGUCACUCAGCAUAUGUUCACCAACUACUUCAACGGUUCUGAGAUCGUAAUCGCUGGGAAGCUCACCAACCAAAGUGCAGAAUCCCUUCACGUCCAGGUGACCGCCAGCAACAACGACAAGAGCAUCAUCCUGGAGACGGACGUGCCCCUGCGGCACCGACAAAUGGAGACCGCGAACCACGUGAAAGCAGCUACAACCGCAAUGGCGUCCGGUGCUAGGACUCCGGGGUCAGGGGGUGCACAGGGACUUGUGGACGUUCUGGGUUCAGUGGCAGAGGAUUUUGUGGAACGUGUGUGGGGUUUCCUGAGCGUCAAGGAGGGGCUGCGGUCGCGGCUGCGUAGCCAAACCAGCAAGGAGAGGGAGGGCCACACUAAUCAGGCCACUAACCUCUCUCUGACCUACCACUUCCUCACUCCCCUCACCAACCUGGUGGUGGAGAAGCCCGAGGUCCUGGCUGACGGCACCAUGGCUCCAGCGCCCACCAUCAACCCAGCAGCAGGUGAGGCCGUCUCAACUGCCAAUGAGCUGCCAGGCGACACAGAGGAGGGAAAGCCACAGAAAUCCAACAGGAAGCCAGGAAGCCAGACUUCAUCUCAGCGCAACAUAGUUGGUAAAGUAGAGAGGAGACCGGCCAAGAAAUCCAUCACCAUCUCCAAAACAUCAGCCGACGGUGACCCUCACUUUGUGGUGGAGUUCCCCCUCAGCAAACUGACCGUGUGCUUUAACAUCAACGGUGAGCCUGGACACAUCCUUCGCCUGGUAUCCGACCACAAGCACUCCGGUGUGACAGUGAACGGCAAGCUAAUCGGCGCCCCGCCUCCGCCGGGCAGCCACAAGCAGCAGCGUACCUACUUCAGCACCAUCACCGUCGUGGUGGAUCACCCCAAGCGCGCCUACAUCGAGGUGACCCCGAAGAAAGUCAUCCUGGACGGCCGAGACCGCAUCGUCCUGCCCUGCCACUCCACCGCCGCGGUGGACAGCGGCGCGCUGUCGGUGUCCAUUGUGGGGAGGUCCAACGUGACGGUGACGGUCGGCGGGAACAUCAGCUUUGUGAUCCUGCUGCAUCAGUACAAGAACCCGGCUCCCUACCAGAGAGACCACCUGGGGUUCUACAUCGGCAACAGCAAGGGGUUGUCCCACAACUGCCACGGUCUGCUGGGUCAGUUCCUGUAUGAGGAAGUGGGACUGGCGGAGCUUCCUGCGCAGGGGGGCACGAAACCGUCUCCGGUCCUGAAGGUGAAGGACCGCUCGGUGCCGGUGGUUCAGAAGAGCCGGCGGAUCUACAGCGGGACGCAGAGCGUGGACUGCUGGUUCGCCAGAAACAACGCAGCCAAGCUGAUAGACGGACAGUACGAGGACUAUCUGAUGUCGCACAUGUUCGACACGGGGGACUGGCCGCACGGUUCAAACAGAGUGUGA